CUCUCCCGUCUUCCAUUUCGAGGGGUUAACUGUUUUGUUUUUGCAUCUUGCUUGGGGUUCUUGUUAUUGUGAUGUCGACGGAUAAAGGAACUGUAGGGUUUUGUCUUUUCUUUCAAUAAUUAAAGUCAAUUUUAGAUUUGGAACGGCGUUAGACUUUUAUGGGCGUCAAGAGGAUAAGAUUCGCCGUGAUGAUUCAGUAUCCGAUGGGUUAUGAAUGUUGAUCAAAACGGUGUCGCAGGAAGUCUGUUUGAUUUGUCAAUAAGUAAUUCACCCUCUCGUAUAAAAUGUGUGACAGCAAUAUUAAGUACCUUUUGGAGUUAUCAAAACGUCCUGGAAACGACUCCUGUGCCGAUUGCGGUAGCUUAAAUCCAGAAUAUGCAUCAUACAACAUUGGCAUCUUUGUGUGUGCACGAUGUGCUGAUAUCCACCGAUGUAUGGGUUGCCACAUAUCCAAAGUGAAACACCUGACUGCAGAUCGUUGGGAGGAUAGCCAGGUCCAACGAAUGAAAGAUGUUGGUAACAGAGCUGCCAAAAUGAAAUAUGAAGAACGAGUUCCUCAGUGUUAUCGAAUUCCUGAUGAAAAUGAAAAUCAAGUACUUCUAGAACAAUGGAUAUUUUCUAAAUAUCAUCGUGAAGAAUUCAUACAUCCGGAGCGUCAGUCUUACAUAUCAGGAUAUAUGGAAGGCUUUUUGAUGAAAAGAGGCAAGGAAUCUUCCUUGUAUUUGCCAAGGAAAUUUGUUUUAAGGGAGGUUGAUGAUACUCUUAAAUACUACAUUAAAGAGACUAAAGAACCCAAAGCAAUUUUAAGAAUAUCAGAGCUCAAUGUUGCCUUUGCCCCUAAAAAAAUUGGUCAACCUAAUUCAUUACAAAUAACUUUUUUGAAAGAUGGGUCAACAAGACAUAUUUAUGUGUAUCAUGAUGAUCCAGAAACGAUUGUGAACUGGUAUAUGGCCAUUCGGAGUGCAAAAUUUAAUCGGUUGCAUGUUGCCUAUCCGUCUGCAAACGAGUCUGAGCUGGUGAAGAGACUUACUCAUGAUUUUGCCAGAGAGGGAUGGUUGUGGAAAACUGGACCUCGAAGUAGUGAUUGCUAUAAGAAACGAUGGUUUACCCUUGACAAUAGGAAACUUAUGUACCAUGAUGAGCCAUUGGAUGCAUAUCCAAAAGGUGAAAUUUUUUUGGGACAUAUGAUGGAUGGAUAUGGUGUGCGAGUAGGAGUUUCUGCUAAGAUAAAAGAUCAAGGAUAUUCUUUUACUCUCCGAACUCCAGAUAGGUCAUUUCACCUAUCUGCGGAAACUGAAGAGGAUAGAGAUGAAUGGAUUCAAGUUCUUGACCAAGUUCUUGAAAAACCUCUGACUCCACAGGAUAAUGCCAUUGCAGUGCGCUUGGUUCGGAAAAGAAAUGCUAACAGUAGUAUUAAUAUCUUUUCUGCAAGAUAGAUGUGCUGUAUUGCUUUAAUCAUGAGAGAAGUGCCCUUCCUCAUGCUUUAAUGUAAUCUUUAACCAAAUUUAUUUCUACAUGAUUAGUUGUCAGAUUCUGUGGUAUAGAAGAGAGAAUUCUGUUGACAGUUUCCUCUGCAUUGCUUUCCUCUCCCUUAAUUGAUAUCAGUAUUUUAAUUAUGUUAGUACCCCUAUUCUAACCCUUUAGAUAUAUAUUUUGACUGCUUUUUUAACAUGAAUAUUUAUACAAGCUGAUCAAUAUAAGGGCAAUUUCAUGAUCAUGAAAGUCUUCUAUGACUUAACCAUUUUCAUUUAGUUGUUGCACUGGUAACUUUUCAGGGAGAGGGAAGCAAUAUUUUUAAAGGUUGUGCAAUGUCUAGAGUAAGGCUUCUUGAUCAAACUUACUAAUCAACUGUAGUUUUCUGUUUAUUCUAGGUACUGUUCUUCUGUGGAAUCAGUUUUGAGUUUUUGUUAAUCGUUGUAUUGUGAUACCUCUUUUUAGUAAUAAUCUAAUCUGUGCACAGAGAGAGCAGCAUAUUUGUUUAUAAACAAUUUUAUUGCUAAGUUUGAUCUAGAAAAAUGUAGUAGUUGUAGCUGGAAUAUUUGCCACUGAUUACUACUGUUUGCAUUCUUUAACUUUGCAGACAUGUGGAUUAAACUCACAUAUACAUAGAUACAUUUAUCUGUAUCUACUUGCUUUUGAAGGCAUGACUAAUUCAGUUUUAAGAUUUAGCAACUCAACUCUGGUUUGAUUUCUACAUACUUUUUUCACAGGAAGUUCUCUAUCAAAUAAUACACCCUUAAUAUUGUAAUGCUUCUGAUGCCCUUUUAUGUGUAUUUUGAAAGUUAACUGUCAUAGUUUUUAUAACCGGUAAUUUGAGUUGUAUUUCAUUAUUUUCCAGUCCUAAGGUUGAAUCUAGGGUUACAAUUUUUUUUUGAGCCGUUAAUAUUUUGAUGUUCAUUGAAUUUUUUUUAGUUGAAGUUGUUAAUAUUAAUUGUUGCUAACCAUGUAUGUUUUGAGGAGAGUGUAUUUCAUUGUGUGUAUGUCAUUGGUUUCAUUUCACUCUCAUUUAAUGUGUGUUAUUCCUGCCGGCAGGUGAACUAUCUGCUCUUUGUAGCAGCGCUCUGUAUUUAAUGAAAUGGAUUCUCUUGACUUUCUUCAAAAUUAACUAGCCAGAAACAUAUUUCUAUUUGAAAUAGCCCCCUAUUAGAUGCAUGCUCUAUUAUAACUAUUAUAAUAGUCGUGUUCUGGAAUAGUUAAGAUUGAUACUUUUACUGAUAUUGCUACUGAAUCUUUAAGUAGAAAUUUUUUAUCUAAAGAAAUUUUUCCACUGGUGAUUUGUUGACUGUGCAAUUGUAUUGGUAAUCACACAUGAUCUAUAUGAUUAUGUGUGGCUUACCCAACGUUUAUUGCAUUGUUUUAAAUGUCAAUGAGCUGUUCAUAUUGAUUGCCAUUCCAGCUUGCCCACCAGAUGUUGAACAUUCUGUUCUGCCCUAUCUUGCCUUCAAAGGCUAGGCAUGCUUGUUUCUGGUUUGACCCUACACUGAUAAGGGAAAAAUACUGUGUUAGAACAUACUGAAUUGUGCCUUUUGUAAUAUUGUAUGUUUCUUUAGAUCUUUUUAAUUUAUGUCAAUCAAGAAUAUAUGAAUGAAUUUACAUCAUCACACAA